AACUUUCAUUGUUUGCACGUUUGUCCAGUUUGAGGGGUUUUGAUCCCGGGUUGUUUUGAUAUUUUGAUAUUUACAAUAUGCCAUCAAAUGCUACAAAAAGGUUGUAUAUUCAAAAUCCAGAACCCAUAACCGAGCCCGUUCAGACCUCCACUAUUGUCAUCAUUCACCCAGGUUCUUUGAACCUGCGGAUUGGUAGAGCCUCCGACCCCCUGCCAGUGACCAUCCCCCAGUGUAUAGCCAGGAAGAGAAUCUCACAGACCAGGACCUCCGGCUCCCUCAUACUCAGACCGGAAUGUGUUCAUUCCGAGGCCAAGCCGCAGUUCAAGGUUGGACUAAAACAGGCAGAGGAGGCUGUGGGGGCCAGACCGAUGUCUACAGGAGAAUACAGACAGACCUCAUCAGUUAAACAGUUAUAUAAUUAUAACCAUGGAGUCAAAGGUCAAAGGACGGAGGUCAUAUGUCAACAGAUGUGGACAAGGACUGAAAGUCAGCCUUCCUUCAUUGUGGGUCAAGAGGCCAUGUAUGUGAACCCAGCACACAAUUACAAUCUACACUGGCCAAUGCGGCGGGGGAGGCUAAACAUUCAUGAUGGUCCAGGAGGCACCCUGACAGCCGUACUGGCAGAUAUAGAGGCCAUCUGGGCCACAGCCCUACAGAAACACUUAGAUAUACCACUCAAAGACCUCAAGAUGUAUAAGGCCAUGCUGUUAAUUCCUGACGUAUUCAGUCACAGACACACUAAGCACUUGAUGACCCUGUUGUUGGACAGACUGGGGUUUGGCAGCGCCAUCCUCCACCAGGAAUCGGUAUGUGCGACCUUUGGGUCAGGGGUCAGCAGUGCUUGUGUGGUAGACAUUGGAGAUCAGAAAACCAGUGUAUGUUGUGUAGAAGACGGAAUAUCUCACAGGAACACAAGGGUGACAAUGGAUUUUGGAGGAAGUGACAUCACUAGGUGUUUCCAUCACAUGAUCCAGAGAUCAGGAAUUAACCUGAGGGAGUUAGACGCUCAGAAUACGGUAGACUGUCUCCUGCUGCAGGAAAUGAAGGAAACUUACUGCACUCUGGACCAGGAUGACAGUGGAGUAAAGGAACACUCCAUCCUGAUAAAGAAGCCAGAGCAGCACAUUGUGAAGUAUCCCAUCAGGCUCGGAGAGGAAGUCAUUCUCACUCCCAUGAGCCUCUUCUUCCCUGACCUAUUGACCUUACAUGGAGACUUGGCACAUGUCCAGAAGAGGAGCGAGGGAGAUCCUGAGGACCCACAUGAUGAAUUCUACCUCAAAAUGACUACAAGGGAGACAAAGCUGGCAAAAAAGAAAGACAACUCAGAUAACAAAGAUGCCAAUGAGAGCAACAUAGGUCAGUUUGACGAUUCGACCUUUCAACCUCAGAUAGACGAGGACUCGAACGACAACGCGGAAUCUCUACAGGUUACGGACAUACAGAAAGGUGGGCGGGGCUUAGAGAUAGAGGAGGAGCUAGAGGCGGAGUCAGAACCUGUUGUACAACUGAUGGGCGUCGAUCAGGCCAUCCUUCACAGUAUAGAUAAAUGUGACAAUGAUGAGACUAAGAAGAAGAUGUACAGCUGUAUCGUGGUGGUGGGGGGAGGGAUGAUGUUUGAGGGGGCCCAGCAGUGGCUCCAGUACCGCGUGUGGGUGGGGAUGCCCCCGCAGUACCGACUAAUGCUGGAAACCAUGGACGUCUUCACCAGACCAAAGGACAUGGAUCCCCGCAUGGUUUGCUGGAAAGGAGCGGCCAUCUUGGCUUGUCUGGACACGACUCAGGAAUUGUGGAUCACACAGCGAGAGUGGAGACAGUACAGCGUACGGAUGCUGAGAGAGAGGGCACCAUUUAUGUGGUGACAAUAAAACAGACAGAUAUGUGACAUGUACCAUACAGACCAAUGUUAAAGGAGGAGGCACCAUUACAACCAGACAGAUUUAAACGAGACUUACCAACCAGGCGAAUGCUGAGGGAGAGGGU